GUUGUGUGCGUUUUAAAUUCACGUUUCCUUUUGUCGGUCAGUUUCAACAAGGAGCAUCAUGAAUCGAAUCAGACAGAACUUCCACGAGGAAUGUGAGGAAGCCCUUAACAAGCAAAUCACUUUGGAACUGUACGCGAGUUACGUUUACUUGUCCAUGUGUUAUUACUUCGAUAGAAGCGAUGUCGCGUUGCCGGGUCUUCAGAAAUACUUCAAACACGCUUCCGACGAGGAAAGAGAACACGCGAUGAAAUUCAUGAGUUAUCAAAACAAGAGAGGCGGUAGCAUCCUUCUGACAGCCAUUGAAUGCCCGCCAAAGAAUGACUGGGUCAGCGCUAAGGAUGCUAUGUCAGACGCACUUGAUCUAGAGAUGAGUGUUAACGAGAGUCUUCUACAGUUACACGCACUGGCGUCGACGCACAAUGAUCCGAAUUUCCUGGACUUCCUGGAGACUGAGUUCUUGCAGGAGCAAGUUGAUUCUAUCAAGGAAAUCGCCGAUCAUGUGACGAAUUUGGAAAGAGUAGGCGAGGGUCUGGGUGUAUACGUUUUUGAUAAAGAGUUUAGAGAUUAAAAUCUCUACUACAAAACCGAUGCUAUUGAUCUGAAAUGAGUUUAUGCCUGUCGACGAAUAGAUCGUUCACGGAUAAUCGGACAGCAUAAAAUGAGAGAAAGAAUUGUACGUUAUACCGAUUUAGAAAAAGGAAACGCCCCAUUUAAAGAACUCGUGAGACGGUUAGGUGCUGUAGCUAGCAUCAGUUGGAAAAGAAUUGCCAAUAUUUACGUCACACCGUCAAAUUACUUCGCAAAUAAACUUUAGGAGCCUUCAACCGGAUGUCAAUUUCAAGAACGAUUCGUAGCCACUAAUAUAUUAACAAA